AUGCUGACCGAGAACAGACUUGUAGACUCAUGUGUCGGCGUGAUGAAAAAAGGGCUUCAGAAAUGUCGGACGGAUGACUGGGAUUGCAAAUGUUCUGGCGCUGCUAACAUCGCAAACUGCUAUGUGAAUUGCUCAGAGGAUGACGAAGCAGGUGCAUCCGCCAGAUCGCUCAGUGUGGGGAAUUGCGCAACAGCAAAUGCAUUCGACCAGGGAGAGACGACCGUGGCGCCCUCAUGGACACGGCCAGGCUCCAACGCAGCUCAACCGACCAGCAUAGAUGCCGAUCCUACAUCCGGAGCCAGCUCGUCCGUCGCUACCGGGGCAACUAAGUCGCUGAACGAACAUGAGAAAUCGACUUCGUCGGAGGGUGCCGCAUCUAUGAAUGUUGCUGGUAGCUGGUUAGCAUUAGUGGGAUUGGGAUUGGGGAUAGCUAUCUGA